AGCAGAGCUCCAGUGUGCGCGCGCGGAUGGUGAGGGUUCGGAGCACGCGCAGUGCUUACCUCAGGAUUUCUCUCACACACACACACACACACACUCUCUCACACACACACUCUCUCACACACACACACACACACUCUCUCACACACACACACACACACUCUCUCUCACACACACUCUCACACACACACACACACUCUCUCACACACACACACACUCUCUCACACACACACACACACUCUCUCUCACACACACUCUCACACACACACACACACUCUCACUCUGCUCCAGCCUGCCGGUGCUGCGCUGUGUGGGUUUAGCGGUGCUGAAGCAGCCCGUGAGGCGGCGUUGGAUUGUCGGUGCAUUGUGGAGUAAAGAGCGCGCAGCGCUGCGGGAGGGUUUAAUCCGCACUCAGCGCAGGACGCAGCUGCGGAGCCGCACACUCGGAAAGGAACCGACGCUUUCCUUCAUUUUCCUUCCCCUCUCUCUGUCUGGACCGAACCACUGCCUGGGCCUCGAACAGCUCACAUUAUUCAGGCUGAACACUGAGGGACAGAAGCAGAGCUCCUCAGGCUGAGGCUGAUGGUUGUGAUUGUUACACUGGCCAACUGGAAAACUUCAUAAACUCCACUUUCUGUGUGUGUGUGUGUGCGUGCGGCAGUGUGUGUGUGUCGGGUUUUUUUGGCCAUUUUGUUUUGCAGUGUGUGCAGCUGUUUAAGCCCUGAAACUGGACUUGCCCAUGGGCUGUGUGUGUGUGAGGCCCAGCUGACAGGCCCUGAGCUCCACUUCCUCUCUCUGUUCCUCUUUAUUCAUUUCUAUUCUCAGGACUGGGGACAUGGGGGGGAUCUCUCCCUCCACCUCUCCCUCCAGCUCUCCCUCCAUCAUGCAGCUCGUGUGGAGGAGUGUGACUGCACUGUGGAUCUUACUGAUCACAACACGAGCUGAUGAAGAGGUUUUAAUGAACACCAAGACAGAGACGUCGGAUCUGAAGUGGACCACGUACCCCCGGCCCUCCGGAUCUGAGGAGGCGAGUGGUCUGUGGGAGGAAGUGAGUGGUCUGGAUGAGGAGAACAACAGCGUGCGGACGUAUCAGAUCUGUCAGAGCGACGGCUCGGCGAGUCAUUGGCUGCGCAGUAAGCUGAUUGCACGUCGUGGGGCAUCGCAGGUCUACGUGGAGCUGCGCUUCACCAUGAUCGAGUGCUCGUCUCGCAGCACGCACCACCGCUCCUGUAAGGAGACCUUCAACCUCUACUACUAUCAGAGUGACACGGACGACGCCACGCCCACACACCCCGCCUGGAUGGAGAACCCUUACGUCAAGGUGGACACGGUGGCAGCGGACUACCUGCUCCGCAAAGGAGGAGAGAAAAAGUUCAAUGUGAAGACGCUGCGUCUGGGUCCUCUGAGCAAGCGUGGCUUUUAUUUAGCGUUCCAGGCUCAGGGGGCGUGCAUGGCCCUGCUCUCGGUGCGCGUCUUUUUCAAGAAGUGUCCUUCGCUCACACGCUCACUGUCCGUCUUCCCUGAGACAAUCCCGCGCUCGCUGGUGCAGGAGGCUGUGGGCGAGUGUGUGAAAAACGCCGUUCUGCUCGGACCCAAAGCCAGACCGCCAAAGAUGUUCUGCGCAGAGGACGGGCAGUGGGUGGAUCAGCCGAGUAGCAGCUGCACGUGUUCGCCGGGGUACGAGACCGGCCCGGGGGAGCUCGAGUGCAGGGCGUGUCCUGCGGGUCACUUUAAGUUGAGUCCUGGUGCCGGUCCGUGUUCUCCGUGUCCCGAGUCAAGUCACACAGGAGAGAUGGGAGCCGCUGCGUGUGUGUGUCGCCCGCAAUACCACCGAGCUCCAACAGACACGCUGGACAUGCCCUGUACCCGCCCCCCCUCGCCCCCCCACAACCUCUUUCCUCAGAUUAAUGACACGUCAGUGACUCUGGAGUGGAGCGAGCCAGUGGACAGCGGCGGACGCUCGGACCUCUCCUACAGUGUCGAGUGUCGAGUGUGUGUGACGUCCUCGUGCUUGCCAUGUGGCGACGGCGUGAGCUACAGACCCGCCCAGCGAGGCCUCACUGGACGCAGCGUCAGUGUCUGGGGGCUCCGCCCACACACUACCUACACUUUCACUGUCACCGCCCUCAACGGGGUUUCCCUGCUCAGCGGCCAGGGGCUGGCCUCAGAGAGCAUCAACAUCACCACAGGGCAGCACGUUCCAGUGCUGGUCUCAGGGAUCAGGCAGAGCACAGCGACGGAGUCCAGUCUGACAUUACACUGGCCGAUCCCAACACACACUCACUACAACAUCCUACAGUAUCAACUCCGCUACUGCGAGAAGCAGGAGCGCGGCACCGAGGAACACUCAUGCCGCUAUAAGGAGAGCGUCAGUAAUCACGUGGUUCUGAGUGACCUCCGCAGAGCGACUCAGUACGAAGUGCAGAUCCGAGCUCGGACGCCGUCGGGGUACAGCAUCUUCAGCCAGGCCAAGUCCUUCAGAACACUGCCUGAUGAAGACGUCUCCUCGUCCCCGCUGCUGGUCACCGGGAUUCUGGUUGCCGUGGGGAUGAUCCUGCUCAUCGUUGUCAUCGGACUCGCCAUCUACUGCAUCCGCAAACAGAACCGUCUGAAGGAUCCAGAACUCAGUGAUAAAAAUGGCCAGUACCUCAUGGGCCAAGGAGUGAAGGUGUACAUCGAUCCGUUCACCUACGAGGACCCGAACGAGGCUGUGAGAGAGUUCGCUAAAGAGAUCGACGUCUCCUGUGUGAAGAUCGAGGAGGUGAUCGGAGCAGGCGAGUUUGGUGAGGUGUGUCGAGGCCGUCUCCGUGUUCCUGGUAAAAAGGAGAACUACGUGGCUAUUAAGACUCUGAAGGGCGGCUACACCGAUAAACAGAGGCGGGACUUCCUGUCUGAGGCUUCCAUCAUGGGCCAGUUCCACCAUCCCAACAUCAUCCACCUGGAGGGCAUCAUCACCGCCAGCUGCCCCGUCAUGAUCAUCACAGAGUUCAUGGAGAACGGAGCCCUUGACUCCUUCCUCAGGUUGAAUGAUGGUCAAUUCACACCGAUCCAGUUAGUGGGAAUGCUGCGUGGAAUAGCGAGCGGGAUGAAGUAUCUUUCGGAGAUGAGCUACGUCCAUCGGGAUCUGGCAGCUCGGAAUAUUCUGGUCAACAGCAACCUGGUGUGUAAAGUGUCUGAUUUUGGACUGAGCCGGUUCCUGCAGGAGAACUCCUCCGAUCCCACGUACACCAGCUCACUGGGCGGUAAGAUCCCCAUUCGUUGGACGGCUCCGGAGGCCAUCGCGUUCCGCAAAUUCACCUCCGCCUCCGAUGUGUGGAGCUACGGCAUCGUCAUGUGGGAGGUGAUGUCGUUCGGAGAGAGACCCUACUGGGACAUGAGCAACCAGGACGUUAUCAAUGCCAUAGAGCAGGACUAUCGUUUGCCACCGCCCCCUGAAUGCCCCUCCCACCUCCAUCAGCUGAUGCUGGACUGCUGGCAGAAAGAGCGAACGGCUCGACCCAGAUUCGCCAACAUCGUCUCUGCCCUCGACAAGUUGAUCCGAAACCCCGCCUCCCUCAAAAUCACCGCCCAUGAUGGAGCAGGUCCGUCUCACCCUCUCCUGGACCAGCGCUCUGCUCUCUCCUCCUGCAGCUCGGUGGCUGAGUGGCUCAGGGCCAUAAAGAUGGAGCGCUAUGAGGAGAGUUUCAUCCAGGCGGGAUACACAUCCAUCCCACUACUGACUCACAUCAACACUGAGGAUCUGUUGCGGUUGGGCGUGACUCUUGCUGGCCAUCAGAAGAAAAUCCUCUCCAGCAUUCAAGCUCUUCGAAUCCAAAAUAAGGGACCCAACAACGUCCUGUACUGAUUGACUGACACACACACUCUCACUCCUCUCUCUCUCUCUCUCUCUCUCUCUCUCUCUCUCACACACACACUCGUUUAUAGACUCAGCUCUUCCUCUGACGUGGACCAAUCAGGACCUUAUUUGUCGUCCAAUCAGGAGCUGUAUCAGGACGUCAGAAAAUGGCUUCCAUGUGACGUUAAAACUUUAAGACUCUAUGAAGCAAGUUGCACAAUCGCCGUGGCAACAGUACGGCGUUUUAACGGAGAACGUCACGAAGGGUGGGAGGAGAAAAAAGUGCCAUGUUUUUGGGCGGAGGACUUCCACGCCGCAUUAUGUUUUCAGAGUAUUUUUCUAACAGAGUGUGAUCUCAGCGAGAGACUUAACAAGGAUUAAACAAGGAGGAACAGUGAGAACCGUGUUUAAGCCCUACCGGGACAGCGCCGGUUCUCCGCAGGGGCAAUUCUGCUCUCUCUCUUCUUUCUUUACACACCUGACCCUCGGGGGAUUUGAUUUCUUUUCAGUAUCUGCAGUGUGUGCUGUGAGAAAUCACACACACCUGACAUCACAUCACACACCGUCUCCUAGGCAACCGUUUGAUUCUGGUUUAUUACUAAUGCCUGAAAUAUAAUCUGGUCACUCCGACUGUGUGUUACACGUUUUCACAAGCGUGCUGUUCGGAUCACUUCCUUUCUCUGAUCGGAUUAUUAAUCCCAAUUCUCUGGAUACGGUAGUCAGUUAUCCUGAGGUUUUACGCACACACACAGUGUUCGAAUGUACUAAACAGUCAUUUCUCAUUGAUGUAGCCCCGCCUCCUAAAGAUCACAUGACCAUGUAGAGCGGUGGUUGUUUUUCUGUAUUUUGUUUGUUAGUGUCCAGGCACCAGAGUCACCUCGGCUCAGACGUCUUCUCGGGGAGGAAAAUUUAAGAAGUGAAAUCUCUGUGGAUCCAAAAAAUCAGAUCAGAAGAAUCUGAAUCCUGUUUUUAGGAAAUAAAUCUGUACUGAUGGCGUCUGUGAGUUUAUUUUACACACAACGGGGUCCUUGGCCUCUUUAAAGAGUUUUGAGAAGCGCUUUACAGCAGCAGCGAUGCUAAUCCGAUAACAACCGUGAUCAGUAGCAGAGUAAACAUCAGGGUCAAAUGAGUUAAUAAUUAGGAUGAGAUUUUAUUUUAUUUUUUACAUGAACAGGGUUUUUUUUUUUUUUUUAAAGUUUAUUCCCCACUUUCCAAGAUGAUUAUGAUGUAUGAGUGCUUAAAUCAUAAUCUAAGUGCUCUAAUUACAGUAAAUGAGUUAAUGUUUUAAAUGCAGCACGGAAACUCAAAUGCGUUAAUUAAUAAUAAAUUAAGUUGGUAAAUUGAACCAAAUCCACUUUAAAAGUUAAAAUUGUUUUUGCUUGUUUGUUAUAAUUUGAUUAUUUCACCAAUUAGAAAACGUUUUCAAAACAAUCUCACACUCAAUUGCGUUUACUGGAAAAGCUCAAAAUCACGAUAUUUAAAUUACAGUUAAUAAAAUCAGCCCUGUGAGCAAGAUGCAGUUCGUACAGGCACAUUUUUACAGACAUCCAGCUGCCACUGUUUUAUUCCAGGUGUUCCACUCAGGUGUGUGUGAGAGAGAGAGUGAGAGAGCACUUGGUCAUAUUGUAUUCAGGAGUAAAGAUGAACAGCAUCACACACACACACACACACACACUGUCUCUUCUCAUAAACAGAACGUCUCUAUUUAAAAAUGGUUCCGCUUCAGUGACCUUUGACCCCAGGCGGGUUCCCGGUGUGGGUUUAUGGGUCGGAGGAAGAGUCGGAUCUUCACAUUGGAGAUCUGUAAUAAACAAAAGCAGGGAGACUUAUUAUUAUUGUUGUUAUUAUUGUUAUAAUAAUUAUGCCUUUGUUUUCCUUUGAUGUAUAGGAAUAUUCAUUUUUAUGUAAAUUAGAUUUAAUUCCUCCUUCAGUGUAAUCUGUGUUUCUGUCCCAACAAUAAACCAUUUACACUCUCUCUCUCACA